AUGGGUUCUAUAAAGAGAGGCGCUGCAAGGUUAGGAUCUCAUUUUCUCUUAUAUGCCUAUUGCCUAAGGCCUAAUCUUAUCUUCUUACUGGGUGUGGUAAGAGAUUGGGUCUGGUUAAUCUUGGAUGUAGAUAAUGCCCCGAUGGUUAUUCCAUUUGUGCAUGCAGGGAUGCAAGAGAUGAUGCCUGUUAGAGCCUCGUUUCCUAGGGUUGGUAAAACGGUGACGGUACUUGUGGGUGAUCCAAUCGACUUCAAAGAUGUACGAGACUGGGAACAGGACAACAUUGUUCCAAGGGGAAAUCUAUAUGAUGUUGUCUCUACAAGGAUUGGUGGUCGUCUCAUUAAACUAAAAGCACAACUUGACAAGUUACUUCAAGUGCAAACCGACGAUGUUGUUCAACAUUUUGAUGAUAAUAAUGAUAAUAAUAGCAAUAAGCAGGAUCACGAGGAGUAUUUUAAGGUUGAAUCUUCUUACAAAGGCUUUGGGAUUGACCUCAUGGGUUUUGCUGCAAGAGGUUUGUUUGUGAAUCAGAAAAUGAAGGAACAUGUGGUUGAAGGGGGGAUAAGUAUAAGGCCUUUGCCUUUGAAGGCAUGGAACAGUUUUUGGAGACAACUGUUGCAUAAUAAUAAUAAUGGAGUUGCUUCACUCUCUAUGUUGUCGGGGGCCACUUGA